UGCCUGCUGACCUGUGGCGCGCGAACAGAGUCCUGAGAGUUCUUGUCCCAGGAGACUGGACAGUUAGAGGACAGUGUCUUUAUCCAUAGAGGCUCUGUGCUGGGGGGCACCGGGAGCACAGGAUGCUGGUGAGCGCGGCUCCGUUCAUGAGGCCGCUCCACGUGCGCUCCCCGGGGCCGCGGGGCCGCCGCCACACGCUGCCCGCCAGCGAGUUCCGCUCCCUGAGCCCGGAGGACGCGGCCAGCGUGUUCGAGAUCGAGAGGGAAGCCUUCAUCUCCGUGUCGGGGGAGUGUCCCCUGCACCUGGACGAGGUGCGUCACUUCCUCGCGCUGUGUCCCGAGCUGUCCCUGGGCUGGUUCGAGGAGGGCCGGCUGGUGGCCUUCAUCAUCGGCUCCCAGUGGGACCAGGACAGACUUAACCUGGACGCGCUGACCCUCCAUAAGCCUCAUGGAACCACGGUCCACAUCCACGUCCUGGCUGUCCACCGGACGUUCCGGCAGCAGGGAAAAGGCUCCAUCCUCAUGUGGCGCUACCUGCAGUACCUCCGCUGCCUGCCCUACGUGCGCCGUGCCGUCCUCAUGUGCGAGGACUUCCUGGUUCCCUUCUACCAGAAGUUGGAUUUCAAGGUGCUGGGCCCCACUGACAUCACUGUGGGGCCCCUCACCUUCAUAGAGAUGUUCUACCCAGUCAGGGGCCACGCUUUCAUGCGUCGCAACAGUGGCUGUUGAAGCCAGAGAAAGAGGACUCUUCACUGUCGUCGGCGAGUUGGACCCCGACGCCGUUUGGAGGCAGAGGAAAGGGAGGCCAAGUAUUUUGUUGUUUCCAUGGAAACGGCGUGUCCAUCACUGAGGCUGAAACUUGUUCAUCAAACGGACACAGAAAACACAAAACUGGAGGCGACGCCUGUGACUGAGGACACGUCAGUUUGUUUUAAAUGGAAGAACUUUGAGAAAGAACGUCACAGAUUCAAUGACCUUUUUGUAAAUGACAUUCUGUGAACUGCCGCACAUUAAUUAUUCUUUAACAGCCUUUUUUUAAUAGUCUAACAUCAUUUGUUUCUCUGUGAAGUUCAUUAAAGUACAGUGAGUAAAUAAAACAGUACACCGAUCACUCCAUUC